GAUUCCGAUUCAAAUUUUCUUACACUAUAAUAUACAUAAUACUAUAGAAGUAUAUAAUUAUAAAAAUUCUAAACGUUUUGAUUAGGUACCUAUAAAUAAAAUGAUAAUUUACAUUUCGACAACGAAUCAUAAUAAUAUCAUUGUGCUUAAAUAUUUUUUGAAUCAAUGUUGAAAUAAUUUUAUUAUCCAAUUUUAAAAAUUUUAUGUCUUACCUAUAACGUGUUUUUAUAAUCCAGUAAACAUAGAUACAUAAUGGAACUCUCCUUGAAUUUUGAACAACUACAACUAAAAUCUGAGUAUUUACACACUAAUUCAAAACAUACACACCUCCAUGAGAAUAGUGAAAAUGAAUUGUUUGUCUCGUGGGACGAUUGUGUCAUGGUUUUAUAUUCAUUAGACGGUUUACCUGAAGCUAGUCUUUGGAACCCCAUUGAACCUGUGAUUGUGCCAAUAAAUAAUCCAAUAAUAACAAUAUUAACCUUUAAUUCAAGAAUGUAUUGUAUUGAUAAAAUUGGAUCUAUAUAUUAUCUAAAACAAGUUCAACGAGAUUCUCCAGACUUAUUUGAUAGUUCCCUGUCUGCUCAAGUUACUCAACAGCCACUGUCCUCCAAUUAUGAGUGGAAACCCUGCUACUCUCAAAAGUGUCCAUGUGAAAUAUUUGAAGCAACUUGCUAUUCAGAUGGAAUUGCUGUAAUAAUAGUACUGGAAGAAUGGAUAAUAAUACAGAUGUUAAAAAUUACCAUUAAUAAUAAUAAUGAACCAACUAUAGUCAAUACCUGUAACAAACAAAUUAGAUCUCAGAAACCGUUUCCAUUUGUAGUUACUUCAUUUAUAUCUUGUACUUGGAGAGAUUGGUUCAGUAGCCAACGGGCUAUAGAACUUUUUGGAUCAAAUGUAAUUGACAGUCUAGAUGUCUUUAUAAUAGCAACAGAAGAGUCAAAAGUAUAUUGUACAACAUCUAAUGUGACCAGUAAAAAUAUUUCAUUAUUUUUAAAUAGUCCACAAAAAAUUGUACAUAUUCAAUUUUGUGAUUUUGAAACAAAAAAAUUGGUGUUAGUGUCAUCUAAUGGAAUACUUAUAAUCAUGAACUGUGUUGAAAAUAUUAACCCUUCAUUCAUUUACCUAGCAGUUACAAAAACAGUUGCUACAUUUAUUGUUGAUCAUACAGUUAUUUUAAGUGAUGGUAUCCAUUUAUUUCAAAUAACAUUGGAUAAACUAUUUUCUAAAAUAGUCAAACAAGUUGUAACUCAGUUGAAAGGAGUUAUCUCAUUAUGCAGAUUUCAGUCCAAUAUAAUUAUUGCAAUGACCCGAUUAAAUAAAGUGUAUAAAUUAUCCGUGUCUAAACUUGAAGUGAUCACUCAAGAAGAACUAAAGUUUAAAUUUAAUGAAAAAUCAAUUUUAGAAAACAUAAAAAAUCUUUGUAAAAGUAUACAGUCUUUAGAAGAGCAACAUGAAAAUAUGAAUAAAUACAUAAAUGCAGUGUCUAUUGUCGCCCGCCAAGAUUUAGUAGCUCAAUUUUGUUCAUUAAACAUUUUAAUCUAUUCAGGUGCUAAAGCUGUCAAAUUAGGAGCUUGCCAAGAUGAAUAUAUUUUUGCAAUCAAACUUUCCACAGACUGUUCAUGGUUGUCAUUUCCAUCUUCAAUUUGGCAACUUUUGGUUCGUAUUACUGACAGUAAUAAUUUGUCGUCAAAUUGUGCCAUACAUUCUUUUGAUGUUGAUCUCUUCGACAAUAAUCACCCAUUAAUGGUGAAACACCGUUUAUUGGCUACAAUUGCUGAAAAUUGUACAUCUGGUUUAGUACACUGCGAAUUGGUGUGUCAAGUACAAAAUGAUUCAAUUAAUCGUUGUUUGAUUAUUCCUUUGAAUCCAAUAAAAUUGAAUUCUUUAUAUUUUGUCAAAGCUGAAAAACGAGAAAAGAUACUAGUGAUGAAUCCUUUGGAAGAUAGACAUAAGAAUGUUUUUAAAUUUCCAGAAAACGUAUCAUUAGUAGAUUGCUUAACUGUUAUUACAAACAGAAAUAAACAUAGAAUAUCAAAAUCAUUUUAUAAGAAUAUAAUUGAUAAUAUGCCAAAAACAUUAUAUUUGAAUUAUUUCGGAAAAAUAGUUUCAAUGGUUGUAGAUGACAAAAUUACAAAAACAAUCAUCCUGGAGUGUCUAGAUCAAGAUGUUUUGGUUGCAGUUCGUAAUGGAAUUUUUAGUGAAUUUUCAAAUGAUCAACCAGCAAUUAUAAAAUUAUCAGUUCUUGCAGACGUACAAAAACAACUUUGUUUAAUAGAAGAAUUAUCAAUUAAAGAUCGUCAGAACAAACACAUUGUUAAAGAAAUUAAAACUAAUAUUCAAAACCAAAUCAGUAAUCAUCUACCUAUGUAAUUAGAUUUUUAUUUAGUUUAAUAUUAUAAAUUAAUUUUACUUUUCAAUGAGCUUACAAAAAUAGAAAAAAAUGUAUUAUUAAAUUAUUACUUUUGUAACAAAAACAUGAUAUUUAAGAAUGAACAUUUUAAUUUAUGUAGGUAAAUCAUAAUAGUUAUUAAUAGUUGUAUUUUUAUUUGUAAAAUAUUCAAUAUUUAUUAUAAGUUAUGACUUUCUAAUCAGGUCUUGAAACCGGUUACCAAUUUCCUGGGAUUUUGGGGAACCUAUAUUCGGUUACCGUUAUUAUAAACCUAUUUGUACUCCCGGUUAUCGAUUACCGUGACAAUUUUUCAGUUAACAUAAAACGUUUAAUAACGUAAUAUGUUUUAACCGGUUAAGAACCGAUUACCGGUAUUUAUAAAUACUGACUACCGUUACCUGUGAACUAUAAUAAUAAUAUAUUUAAUUUAUUUUAGCUACAUAAAUGAUUAAACGUUUGUAAUGGAACCAUUAAAACCAUUUUUCAUUAAUGGUUCUAAUAUAAAUGUAGUACGUUCUAAUGGUUUAAAAAAUAAUAACUUCUUAAAACUAUUCUUAAAUCAUACUAUUAUAUCUUCGUUUUUUUCCCCUAGUCUAAACUCUUGUAAUAAUAAUUCAAAUAAUUGGUGUUCUACAUUUCUAUUUCCUACCUACCUAUAACAUAAAAUAUCGUUGGUUGGUAGUGACGGUACUCGAUAGUCCCGGUCUCCCUCAUCACAUAUUGUACUGGGAAAUCUAAAAUUAGCUUGAUUCCUAUAACACAAAUAUUGUAUUAAGUAUACGGGUACAAAUGUGUAGUACAAUUUUUUUUUUUAGAAUCGAUUGUCGGUAACCGACAUUUUUUGGAAGCGGUUAUCACUUAAUGGUAACCUGUAAUUUUUAAUAUAGUACCGGUAACUGGUUACCGCUAACAACAGGACCGGUAUAAAACCGGUAACCGUUAUCUAACAAAUUAACGGUUACCGAUUAAAUUAAUAACGGUUUCAAGCCCUUAGUCUUUCUUACAGGAAGUAAAUUCUAAUUAAAUUCAACUACCUAAUACACUAAAAUAUGUAUUUAUUAUAUUCAUUGAACCAGCCUUUUUAAUAUGAUAGUUUUGUACGCUUGUCCUGAUAGUUUGUUCAUAGUAACUUAUUAACUAUGUAAUUUAAUGUGAUUAUCUAGUUAUUUAAUUAUUUUGUUGCCAAGUUGUUGAUUUAUUGAUAUUAAAAAUUAUAAUGAGAUAUUUAAAAAAUUAAA